AAGUUUCUAUCUAUUACAUUUCAGCUUCAGCUGGUGUGAUUAGUGAUUUCCGAUAAUUGCAGUAAGAAUUUUAAAAUGCGUGUAUUAUUUUUAGUAAUUUUGUAUAACUUCUUUAUUGUAUCGAGUGCUUUACAAUGCAUGGACGAAAAUAAUAAACCAGUGGAUUGGUAUAUUGUUUACAAAUUACCAAAAUUAAAACACGAGAAUAAACUUAUCGAAGGUGGGGUUGGUUACGUCUACCUGACCUCAAAACAACCACAGUGGACAUUUUCCAAAAAUUCAAUUAAUGACACAAGUUCAAUUAUUGCGAAUACAAUUCAACCGUUUUAUUCACGAUUUAAUGAAACAACUUAUCUCCUUUAUAACGACCAGCCCCCAAGUGGCGAAAGUAACCCUUCAAAGGGCCACACGAAAGGAGUUAUUUUAACGGAUUUUGAGUUCGGUUUCUGGCUCAUACAUUCAGUUCCACAUUUUCCACCCCUAACACCAGAGUACCAAUUUUCGGAAAGUGGCACCCUUAAAGGGCAAAGCUUCCUGUGUAUUUCAAUGGAUUUAAAAAAUUUGAACAUGGUUGGAGUUCAGUUACAGUACAAUGAGCCACAAAUUUAUGCCAGUUUUGUGGCACCAACCACAAGAAGCAAAAUCAGUGAACUAGUGAAGGCUGCUUCUGGAAACACUGUAAUGAAGCCACCUUGGUAUAGCAAAGUUGUUUUAAACAGUAGGGAGAAUGUCCAGUUUACGUCCUUUGCCAAGGCUAAAAAAUUUGGAAAGGACUUGUAUGAGGAUUGGGUUGCGCCAGUUUUGCAGUCGAGUUUGUUAGUGGAGACUUGGCUUAAUGGCGCUGGAAGAUUACCAUCGAACUGUACAAAAUUAUUUAAAGUGUACAACAUUGAAAAAGUGUCUUUAAACGCUGCAAAUGCUUCAUUUAGUGACUCUCAAGACCACUCAAAAUGGGCUGUAACUAAUAAUUCUGCGUGGAUUUGCAUUGGAGAUAUCAACAGGAUGAACCACCAGAAGUUUAGAGGAGGCGGCACUGUUUGUCUCUACAACAAAUCCUUGGCUGAAAGUUAUCGGGAAUCGGUCGUGUCAAUGGAAAAAUGCACUACUCUUAACUACUUUUAAUCUCUAAUAAUAUUUACAAUACAAUUUUCACUGUGACGUUGGCUUGUAAUACACCUGAGUCGAGGGCUGCGGACAACGGAACUUCAGCAUUUCAACCUCUGCUUCAAAAUAGCUCGUCUUGUCGUAACAGAAAUAUUCUGGGUUUUUGUACUGGGAAUUUUUCGCGGCUCCUGGUCCCACUGGUUGAUUGGGGAUCUCCACAACGUUUUUGCUUAGUCCAGGGACGUCGCUUUUAAUGUUUGAACUGGGCAUGGCAUCCUUAUUGUAGAUUAUUUUCCCAACGGUUAGACUCCGCUUAAUUGAGGAGAAAUUACGGGGUUUGCACAGUUGUCGCGAAAUCGCAGUCAAAGCCAUUUUGUAGGUUAAAAAACUGACGUUUGACAGUUAUGUAAUUGUUGUGUAAUUUUUGCCAAAUAAAUGAUUCGAAAAAAAUA